CGAUGCUUUCCCACCUUUAAUCCAAAAUAAAGACUAAAACAGAGCAAUGCAAAUGCCGUAAUUUUUGAUAUAACUAGUGUAAAUUUUCUAAGACUCCGCCGCUGAAGCGCCCCAGAUGAGCACCAUGGAUUGCGCCAUGUUCCCCAUGCAUCCCAAGAUGGACGAGCAGCUUUCCAAAGCGUUCACCUCCAACGAGGAGGAGGAGGAGAAGCACAUCCAAAAGGUGCAGAACGCCUUCCUCUAUUACGGGCCUUAUGCGUGCCAGCGGCUAAAGCGCUCCAUGGAUUACCUGGACAGCCUAUCUGGCGAGGAUCAGCACAUGCUGUCCAAGUAUAGAGGACAUCUGGAGUGCGUGCGCACGUGUAUCGAUCGCAACCAGGCGGUCAUCCGGGAGAUUUUGCGGGAGCGUGUGCUCUAUCCGGCAGAAGAAUCGACAGAAAACUCGACGGACCGGUGGGAGUUUGAUGAGCCGCCGCCGAACGUGAGGCACGGUGAUAUGGACCAGAAUGAUAUUCCAUUCGAUGAAGCUGACGUUGAACCUCUCAAAAUUUUAAAGGCCCAGUCGACAUUGAAGUUGAUUGCGCGCGACUGGAGCACCGAUGGCGCCCUGGAGCGGGAGCAGUCCUACAAGCCCAUCAUCGACAGCAUCGUUGAGUACUACAAGCCCGGCGAUUACGAGCUGAAGGAGAUUAAGAUCCUGGUGCCUGGAGCGGGAUUAGGACGGCUCACCUACGAGCUGGCAUGCUUGGGAUACUCGUGCGAGGGGAACGAGUUCUCCUAUUUUAUGCUGAUUGCUUCCAACUUUGUCCUCAAUCUCUGCGACUACGAGAACAAGUACGUGCUGUACCCGUGGGUGCAUCAGUAUGUGAACAACCUGAGGCGCGAGGAUCAGGUGACCGCCGUUCGCUUCCCCGAUGUCUGCCCGCUGAAGAAUCCGCCCAAGGGCCAUUUUGAAAUAGCCGCUGGGGACUUUCUGGAGGUUUACAAGACGCCGCACACCUACAACUGUGUGGCAACGUGCUUCUUCAUCGAUUGCGCCAAUAACGUAAUUGACUUUAUACGCACCAUUUACAGAAUUCUCGUGCCUGGUGGCAUAUGGGUGAAUCUCGGACCGCUGCUGUACCACUACAGUGACGUCAGCGGACAGAACAGCAUUGAGCCGACGUUCGAGGACAUUUGCAUCAUCAUGGAGAGUGUAGGCUUUGUGAUCGAGAAAUCGCGCACAGGCAUUCGCACCAAGUACGCCCAGAAUCCGUCGUCGAUGAAGCAGAGCGAGUAUCAGAGCCUAUUCUGGGUCUGUCGCAAGCCGGAUCCGUUUGAGGAGCAGCGGGGAAAGCGCAAGGCCUCUCGGGAGCCACACGAUCUCAUUGUGCGCGAGGACAGCGAGGAGGAGCAGCUGAAUCAGCAGGCCACGGCCGCGGCCAACGAUGAUACUGAUGUGGCCCAGCCAACGUGAUAGUCUUUCAAUCCAAACCCAACCCCACAACCGAACCCAAAUCUGAAUCCAAACCCACCUACGGAUGCCAUCACCAACACCUUAAUCAUCAUUAAGCCACAGGCAAGACAGUGAACUCGAGUUGACACAACAAUAUUACGAUGUUGUAGAUUAAAUGUUAUGCCUCUAUUCAGUAAAAAUCUUUUUUUGUAGACCAAUUUCGAAAUAUACAAAUUGAAGCAGCUUUUUUGCUGUAAAAUCGUGCAAAUACAAAACAGAGUGUUUCGAAAUAGGCCACUCAAAUAUACCAAAACAAAACAUUUAAAUAAAUAAAUAAUUUUUAUU